AUGCCAUCAUCACACAGUCGUUUACCAAACCAUUAUCAUCAAAAUUUAAAAAAACGUGCACAAUUAACAUUGUUAAAUUUGCGCUUAAUUCGAAUAUCUAAACUUCAAUCAAUUGCCAUUAUACUGUUGCUACUACUCAUCUAUUUCACAUUUUUAAAAAGUAAUACAACUAAACCUAUAGAUCGCAACCACCAUGUAUUAUAUACUCCUCGAAUAUUUGAAGAUUCAGAUAAUUGGCUUGAAAGGAUUUAUAAAAAUGUAAAUACCUCAAUAUUGCAUCGACAUACAUAUCCACAAUUAUUAGAAUUAACUUCUGACUGGAAACCAUAUUUACAUUCUGAAUCUUCCGAGUUAACUGUUAUUUCCAUAAUUGACAAACUUGAAAACAUCAAACCACAAUUGGACUCUAUACUCAGUCAAUCAACAAGACCAGAAAAUGUUAUAAUUGUUACGUCAAAAAGCAUUGUAAGCGAAAUCUCACAACUACUUGAAGAUAACCACAUUGAUUUUAUAAUGUCUAUACAUGUUAUGAAUACCAAUGAUAAAUUAAAAUUGUUAGGUUGGUUGCAACUUACACAACAUAUAAAAACGACUAAUGUGCUUUUUUUGGACUCUGGUGUAAUACUUGGCGAAAAAUUUAUUCAGAACAUGCUCCAUGUUGCAAGCACCAAUGAAUAUGGUAACGCUCUGUUGGGAACUAUGGGUGCAUACAUUAAAGUUGAUGGUGGUUUGAACAUGAACAACAACGAAAAAUCAUUGGUUUGUCUGACAGAAAAUAAUAAUAAUGAUCAUUACUAUCAGGAACUAUCAUUGUCAGAUCCGGUCACCAGCUCUCAAAAAGUUGAUAUGCUGACUAAUAUUUGGUUUUUCAAAAGGCAAUGGAUUUCUACGCUGUUUCAAGAGCAAGGUAGAUUGGAUGUUAUGUUGAAUGGUCUCCCCUUUGGUUUCUAUUUCACUUAUGCUCUCAAAUAUCAUGAAAACGUGCCAUCUUACAUCCUACCUAUUCACAAUAACGAUAAAAAGACUUGGGGUGACAACAAUUUAAUACAACUGGACACAUGUAAAAAUCUGCAAUCAACUCUCAAAAACAAUGUUCCUUGGAACAAUCUUGUUGACCACGGUUAUCCUCUAGUGCUCAAAGAAUCAUUGGUAAAGAAAAAUAUAGGAUUGAACAGACUUCUGUUUGUUAUCGACGGUGAAUAUCAAGAAAAAAUCUUUAGACCAUUAUUUUGCAAUUUAUCAACAAUCAAGAAUAAUUUGGUAAACGUGGUGGUAACUGGUAGUUCACGAGGAAUGUCUGCUUUGAAACUUAAAUCCACUCUUUUGAAAAAUAAUUAUUAUUCAAAAUGUAAAAAUUUAGAAAUUUAUGAUUUAGAUAUCAAGACAGUUUCUUACAAUGAUGAUAUUGAAUUGAAAAUUAAAGUUUUUCAUGGUGUUAGUCGUAUAAUACAAUUUAUAGAACCAGAAGUUGUAAUUUAUUCUAAAAUUAAAAUUGAAGAAAGCAAAGUUGUUCACGGGAUAACACUUGCAGUAAACAAAUUCAAAAAUAUCACAAAAAUACAACUACCUUUAGAUGAAAUCCAUUAUGCAGUAGAAAUUAUGACUAAUUUACCAUUUGAAUCAUUAAAAAUACAAAUACUUACACAAAAUCGAGCAGAUUCUUUGAUGCGUCUUUUGUCAUCAUUGGAUUCAUCAAUCUAUUUUGGUGAGGAUGUUCCAUUAACAAUCAAUAUGGACAGAGGUGCAGAUAAUCUAACAAUAGAACUUUCAAACACAUUCAAAUGGGGUCAUGGUAUGAAGAACAUUAGACACAGAGUGCUUCAAGGUGGUUUAUUACCUGCUGUAGUUGAAGCAUAUUAUCCUUAUGAUUACAAUGAUUAUGCACUUAUACUCGAAGAUGACAUUGAAUUAUCACCAUUUCAUUAUCUUUGGUCAAAGUACGCUAUUCUAAAGUAUAGAUAUGGUCCAGAUAAAGCAUAUAGUAAAAGAUUGUAUGGUCUAAGUUUAUAUAAUCAGAAAAAUAUGGAACUUCCACUUCCUGGUCGUAAGAAAUUCUUUCCUGAACUGGUGUUAGAAAAUACAAAAUAUGAUAUCAGAUCACCAUAUCUAUGUCAGGUUCCUUGUAGUUGGGGUGCAGUCUACUUUCCAGAAAUAUGGCGCGAGUUCCAUGAAUAUCUUAUUGCUCGGCUAGAUGAUCUCAACACUUACAGCCUUCAGAAUAUAGAAGUGCCAUAUAGUCGAUCAAAUCGUUGGAAGAAAUCAUGGAAAAGAUUUUUAAUUGAACUGGCAUAUCUUCGUGGCUACGUGAUGUUAUAUCCAAAUUUUAGUAAUUUUACCAGCUUCUCCACAAAUCAUGCAGAGUUUGGUGAACACAUUCAUUUCCGAGAAAGUAGACCUGAUCCAGGCUCCAUAUUUGGUGUACCAUUGAUGCGAGAAAAUAUCAUUUUCCAGGAAUUGCCUGAUGGUCAACUAGCCAACUAUAAUGCGUUGCCUGUAAUGGAUUUAUGGGGAGACCUUGUCACGUUUGAUGGAUUGCUACGCCGUGGCCAUCAUCUUCAAUCUAAUGUGUCGUUAUGUUCACCACCUGACAAAGAUGAUGAUCCAACAUUUGAUCCAAGUGACCUGUUAUGCAUUAACCCAGUUGAGAAACGUAAAGCAUUGGCCGAGUCACAAAAAUAUAAAAGAGACCUGAAUAUCAUGUUGAGGGUUUUUCAAGAGGUUAAAGAUUUUGCUGAAAAAAAUGAAAAGAAAAUGGGUCCAAGAAAAUUUAUAAGGACUUUUUUGCAAAUAUUAAAUGGAACAUUCGUGCCACCACCCAUCAGAUUCAAUGAUCGCAACGAUAGCAAUUAUAUAUUAACAGACGUUGAUCAAUAUGAUGAUAAAAAAUUGGUAGCUGGAAGUAACGGUGGUUUUAAUCAAGAUAUUGGUAACAGUCUAUUGGUAGAUGGGAGUAAUGCAUUAACUCAAGCUGUUAAUAAUAACAUAUUAACAGAAGCCAACACCAAUACAACGAUAAUGGAUGAGGAUAACCAAAUUGCACAGAAAGUGGAAACGAAAUAUAAAGAACAAAUCAAACCUUUGAGGAUUUAUGAAGAGAUACUUACUACUGUAUGGUUCAAUAUCAAAAGCCCUGAAGCUGAUACCUUUGACAAUUCUAAGGAUGGACUGAAUAACAUCAGGACUACCCGCUUGAUGAGCAAACCUUAA